AUGACUGGCUCAAAAUUAUCCAAUAUAAAUGGAUUAUCAUUACGUAAAGAACUAGCCACUGGUGAUAAACUAAUAUUAAGUGAUGAAUUAGAUUCAGCAUUUUCAAAAUUGGGUGUUUUUGAUCCAAAGGAAAAGGCCGAAGAGAGUUCACUGUUAUGUGAACCAUUCGAUCGAAUUCGAAAUAACACAAGACGAACAGGGUCGACAGUCGAUUAUAUCGAAGACGCCAAAUUGUCAAUAUUAGGUGCUACCACUGGCAUGCGGUAUAAUCUAUCAGAUGAAAAAGAGGCAACACGUCCUCAACAUAUAAAAAAACGAGAGUCAGUAUCAUCAACAGCAUCCUUUGCUCACAUAUUUGCUGUAUGUCAUCUAUUUGGCGAUAUCGAAUAUCAGUUUCGAGAUGAGUCGGAUGAUGAAUCAUUGAUAUUAAAUUCGCAAGAGCAAACACUGAAUUCACAGUCGAAUGCUCGUUAUUAUACAUUUAAUAAAACAGCAGAUUUAUAUGAGCAAAGGAAAAAAUUGACCGAUCAACAUAGCCGAAAUUUUCAUGCAAAAGUACCACAGCUGUUCCCUCGCUACUGUACGGGAUUUCGGAUAUUCAAAAAUGUGAUUCGUGUUUUAUCUGCCGUUGAGCAAUACGUCAUAUUCGAAGACAGGCACAACGAAUUUCGACAAACAGACGAAAAUUUUAUCAUACAAGCACAAUUAGCUAUCAAACGUCUGUUUUUGGAUGAUAAAAUCGAAAGAAAUGAGCAAAAAAAUGCCCAUUCUGUACAUCGAAUUCGAUACCUGUUUCGCAUUAUAGUCAUAUUACGAACACAUAUUCAAACGUGUGAUCGAAAAUAUAUACGAGAAUAUCAUAAAUAUGAAGAUGAUCCAGAAAUGAGAUCACAAAUUGGUAUAUUAAUUACUGAUGGUAAAAUUAGAACAACAAAUGUCGAUGGUGAGAUACAAUAUGAAUUGGAUCCCGACUAUAAUUUAAUAAAUCAUCCCACCAAAUCACUAUUGCCGAUCUCAGCUCAAGCACAGCUAUCAUCAUUCGUGAAUAUAGCACGAUCAACCACAAUGAUUGAAGAUGUAUUGACUUCACCGCUAAUGAAUGCUGCAACAGCAGACAAACAACCAACUGAAAUAACAACAUUUGUAAGGGAAGCACAUCUACAGAGUGAAGAUAUUGAAUUGGUUAAAAUAGUAGACGAUACAUGCAGCAAUCAAGCAGGUACGGGACCCUUGCUUUUAAAUGCACAUAAGCUAUUUCUUAUCUAUUUUAGUUAUGAUUGGUUCAUCAAAAACAAAAUUUGGCUAAUAGAAAUGGCUUUUGAAACUAUAGAAUCAGCAGCGGCAGCGAACGAUCAAGAACGUAAUAAUCCCAAUAAAACACGCUAA